AUUUUUUUCUUUUACUUUUUCUUUUUAACUGUUGGUUGUUUUCACUAUGAUAUGAUAGGGAUCUUUUUAUCUUCAGCUUUUUUUCUGUCAAAAGUUGCAUUCUUUGACUUAUUUUGAGUCUCUGGUGCUAAAUCUAUUUGGAUGUUUGGUGAAUACUGAUGAACUUUUGAGUCACAUAUAUUUUCUAAAGUCCUCUUUGAAGAACUUUGAUGCAUCCGUUUUUUUUAUUGUUCAACUCUAUCUGUGGAUAAUGUUUGCCAUUUUCUGAACUGAUCUUUGCAUUUUUUGGGGGUUCUUUCUAAUUAAGAGGUAAUGUGUAAAUGUUGAAGUUUUAAGGAGUUUUUGAGGACUUCAAGAAUUUGCUUAAUAGUUUCUUCAGACUUUUUAGUAUUUACAAUUGCAUAAUUUGUGGAUAUUUUCUGUUGAUGCAUUUCUAUUUAAUGGAGAAGGAUUGGAAACUCGAAUUCAAGAUGAAGGCGAAAUCUUUUACGAAUCCUAAAUUGAAAACUGUAGAUGUCAAAAUCUGUGUUCAUUUGCUUCUUUCUUCUGUCUGCUUCCCUUUCUCUUUUCAUGUGUAAAAAUAUGAUUAGCUGGUGCAUUUCUAUUAAAGGGUUUGGACUUUAUUGCUCUCUUUUAAUUAGUUGGUGAUUAGAAACAUCGCAACUGUAAUGAGACGGGAUGAGCAUUAAGUAUUGGAUAUACAAACUGAAAAUUAGCUUCAGCUUAAAAUUGAGGAAGAUGAUGAAAUGCAUUUGCUCCGGAGAGCACUUAACAGCAGAUGAAAUAAUUCCUUCAUCGGAGUCCCUGGCGACUCGGGAUUAUUCAGCCAGUGGGUAUUCUUCUCGACCAGGCGAGGCUGACCCUAAGUUGGACACCAGCAAUAUAGAAGAGGCAGAAUCAUCACUUCGUGAGAGUGGAUUUUUGAAUUAUGAGGAAGCUAGAGCUUUAUUGGGGCGACUUGAGUAUCAAAAAGGGAACAUAGAGGGUGCCCUUAGUGUGUUUGAAGGAAUUGAUAUUGCAGCAGUGAUUCCUAAGAUAAAAAUCACCAUAGCUAGAAGAUGCGAGCUCCCUAGACGUCAUUCGCAAAGUGACGCUACCCCAGCUAUGUCUAUCCAUGCAGUAAGUUUGCUCUUUGAAGCAAUUUUUCUAAAAGCAAAAUCACUGCAGGCUCUUGGAAAGUUUACGGAAGCGGCUCAAUCUUGCAAGGUGAUAUUGGACACUGUUGAAUCUGCAAUCCCAGAUGGCCUGCCUGAAAGUUUUGCUUUUGAUUGUAAAUUGCUGGAGACCUUAAACAAAGCUGUUGAGUUACUUCCAGAGCUAUGGAAGCUUGCUUAUACUCCUCAAGAAGCAAUUUUAGCCUAUAGGCGGGCCCUACUUUAUCAGUGGAAUCUUGAUAUAGAAACCAGAACAAAAGUAGAAAAGGACUUCGCUAUAUUCCUCCUUUAUAGUGGUAAUGAUGCUUCCCCUCCAAAUCUUCGUGUACAGAUGGAGGGUGCCUUCAUACCUAGAAACAAUAUAGAAGAGGCUGUUCUACUACUACUACUUAUUCUCCGAGAAUUUAGCCUCAAAAGGAUUGGAUGGGAUCCAUCAAUCUUGAAUCACCUCUUUUUUGCAUUAUCUAUAGCAGGCGAAUUUCAGUCCCUUGCGUAUCAGGUUGAAGAGUUGCCUCCUGGAAUCAUUGAUGAAAAAGAAAAAUACAAUUCUUUAGCUCUGACUUACUAUGCGGAGGGUGACAAUGUGAUUGCUUUAAAUCUGUUGAGGAACCUAUUGAAUAAUAGAGAGAUCCAUAACUCUGCUUUUGAAUUAUUAUUGGCUUCAAAGAUUUGCACAGAGAUUCCUAAUUGCCUUGAUGAAGGAAUAGGAUAUGUUUACAAACUUUUUUCUGAAUCUGAUGGGAAAUGUGACGAGAUCGCUAGCGUUGCAAAUUGUUUACUCGGUGUCUCUCUUUCAAUUCAAUCUAGAGGUGUUGGUUCUGAUUCUCAGAGGACGUUGAGACAAUCUAAAGCACUUGAGGCCCUUGAAAAUGCACAAAGAAUGACGAAGGAGAAAAAUGUUUGUGUUUUGUAUCACCUAAGUCUAGAAAAUGCCGAACAGAGAAAGAUGAAUGUUGCUCUUUAUUAUGCAAAACAGCUUUUGAAACUGGAGGCUGGGUCUAGCAUAAAGGGAUGGAUUCUUCUUGCUCGUAUUUUGUCAGCUCAGAAAAGGUAUGUAGAUGCCGAGAACAUAAUUGAUGCUGCUCUGGAUGAGACGGGAAAGUGGGAUCAAGGAGAAUUGCUACGGACUAAGGCCAAACUGCAGAUUGCACAGGGAAAUUUAAAGGAUUCAAUUGAGACAUAUACUAAACUUCUUGCUGUCCUUCAAGUCCAGAGAAAAGGUUUUGGAAUCCAGAAAAAGCUUUUAAAGAACAGGAGGAACAUUAACAGGAGUCUAGAAAUGGAAACAUGGCAUGAUCUAGCAAAUGUUUAUACAAGCUUGUGUCAAUGGCGGGAUGCUGAAAUUUGUCUUUCAAAAUCUGAGGCUAUCAAUUCACAUUCUGCUUCUAGAUGGCAUUCCACAGGUUUACUUUACGAAGCAAAAGGUCUCCACAAGGAGGCUCUCAUGUAUUUUGGGAAGGCCCUCGAUAUAGAACCGAACCAUGUUCCGAGCUUGAUAUCUACUGCUGUCGUUCUUAGGCAAUUAAGUGACCAAUCACUGGCUGUAGCAAAAAGCUUUCUGACUGAUGCAUUGCGGCUCGAAAGAACAAACCCAGCAGCAUGGUACAAUCUUGGGCUACUCUACAAGAGUGAGGUUGGUUCAUCAAUGGAAGCUGUAGAGUGUUUUGAGGCUGCAGCCCUUCUCCAAGAAUCUGCUCCAGUCGAACCUUUUAGAUGAUGUGAUUCAAAGUUGAGGAUGUACUUGCAUUCAACAAAUCCAGGUUUAUGAGGUGGUUUUGUCAAUGGAAAGCCUUGAUGCAACUGAAUUUGUUGAUUCUUCUAGCUUAUGAAGUUGGUAUUUGGCGAAAUAAGUGAAUAAUUGAGUACAUUUUUAUCCAGAUUCA